AUGCGAGGUAUCAUACUUCGUCAAGAGGAAGAGUUGCGUCGAUUAAGGCAACCGGCACCGGCUGCCCCUGUUGAGCCAAUGUUACCACCAGUGCCUAUGCCAGUGGUGGGUAACCAGGGGUUUAUGAUGCCGCAUAGAGAUUCCGUGUUUGAGCGGUUUGUGAAGCUGCAACCUCCUACUUUUCUGGGAGGUACUGACAUAAUUAAAGCUGAGCAAUGGAUGAGUACAAUCACCCGUAUCCUUGAUAAUAUGGGAGUGACGGGAACAGAGAGAGUGAAUUGUGCAGCUUUCAUGUUACAAGAUCAUGCCCGCAUCUGGUGGGAUAUUGUGGGACAAACUUGUGAUGUCAAUGUAAUGACUUGGGAUGAGUUUAAGAGUUUGUUUGAAGAAAAAUUUUAUAACAUCGCUGUGAGGACUUCACACAUGGAAGACUUUGUGAAAUUAACUCAGGGGAAGAUGUCUGUGGCCGAAUACACUCUAGAGUUUGAUCGGCUGUCCAAGUUUGCUGGUGAUCUGGUGACCACAGAUUUCACCAGGAAACAGAAAUAUGUGAGAGGACUGAAUGCCACAAUCAGUCGGGACUUGAAGAUUACCACUACUCAUGACACUUUGUACAAGAAAGUGGUAGAGCUAGCCUUAAUUGUUGAGGAGGCUGAGCAUCAGGUAAUAAAGGAGCAGACUGCAAAGGAUGUUGUCACGGCAUCGAACCCUGCUGCUAGUGGUAAUAUAAGUAAAGGGACCGACAUUGGUAACACUGAUCACAAACGAAAGGUUGAUGCUUCCGGAACAUCAGGGGGUAACAGGAAGUUUCGAGGAAACAGAGGUGGCCGCCAGGGCCGCGGAUCUUCAUUCCGAUCUUAUCCUGAGUGUCCAAAAUGCAAGAAACACCAUCAGGGUGAAUGUCGGGCCAAGACUUGUUUCCAGUGUGGCAUGGUGGGCCACUUCAUCAGAGAUUGUCCUCAGACUAAGAAAGAGGAGCCUAAGAAGAAUGUUACUCAGAACCCGGGACGACUUUUUACCAUGACUCAGGCUGAUGCUGAUGCUAGUCCGUCAGUGGUGACAGGUCAGUUGUCUAUAAAUGGUUGUUCUUAUACUGUAUUGUUUGAUUCGGGAGCUACCCACUCUUAUGUGUCAAGUAGAGUAAUUGAAAAUUUCGAUAAACCAUGUGAUAUUUAUGCUUCGGGGCUUGGUACCCUUUUACCUUCGGGAGACCUUAUAGUAUCCACUAGGUGGAUUCGGUCCUUGUCCUUCUGGAUAGAUGGUUGUGAAUUAACCGCCAAUCUAAUAGAAUUGCAACUGUCUGAUUUUGAUAUAAUCCUGGGAAUGGAUUUUCUGUCUAAGUAUGGGGCAACGAUUGACUGCAAGCGGAAGAUGGUGGUGUUUGAGCCUGAUAGUGCCAACCCAACAGUGUUUGUGGGUAAAGUUCAGGGGGCACGCAUACCAAGAAUAACACUUUUGAAAGCUAAGGACCUGAUGAGCAGAGGUUGUCUGGGAUUCAUAGUUACUGCAGUGGAUACCAGCCAACCUGUGACAUCUGGACCUGAGAGUAUAAGAUUGGUAUGCGAGUUUCUUGACGUCUUUCCAGAAGAUCUACCGGUAUUGCCACCUACCCGGGAGAUUGAAUUUGUAAUUGAGUUGGUUCCGGGAGCGGAACCAGUAUCAAAGGCACCGUAUCGAAUGGCUCCAGCAGAAUUAAAAGAAUUGAAGAUACAACUACAAGAAUUACUGAAUCUGGGAUUCAUUAGGCCGAGUUACUCUCCUUGGGGUGCUCCGAACAAAUAUCCUUUACCUCGAAUUGAUGAUCUUUUUGAUCAACUGAAAGGGAAGAUGGUCUUCUCCAAGAUCGAUAUUCGCUCAGGCUAUCAUCAGCUGAGAAUUCGAGAGGAAGAUGUCCCGAAAACUGCUUUCCGUACUCGAUCUGUAUUGCAACGAUUACGAGACCACAAGCUCUAUGCUAAAUUCAAAAUGUGUGAAUUCUGGUUAUCUCGUGUCUCUUUCUUGGGGCACAUAGUAGAUAAAGAUGGGAUAAUGGUGGACCCGACCAAGAUUGAAGUUGUUCGGGAUUGGCCAAUACCAAAAUCGACUACUGAGGUCAGAAGCUUUUUGGGCUUAGCUUAG